AAAAUUGACAUAGUGAGCUGUCAUUUUCUGUCUAUCGAACGAUUCAUCACAGUUGAUUUUCUAAAACAAUAGUGUAAUUGGUAAAUACACAACAAAAAGAUGUUUCGGGUGAAUAAUUUUGAUAAAUUACUCGAUAAAGCAACUAGUAAUCUACGCCUGGAGCCCGAUUGGCCAACAAUAUUGCAAAUUUGCGACUUAAUUAGACAAAAUGAUUGUUCCCCUAAAUAUGCAGUUGCUGCUGUCAAAAAGAAACUUUACUCCCAGAAUCCCCAUCAAGCUAUGUUUGCUCUCCUCACAUUGGAGAGCAUUGUAAAAAAUUGUGGAUCUGGAGUGCAUGAUGAAGUAACAUCAAAGGCCUUUUGUGAAAUGCUCCGAGACUUAGUGAAGUCAACUCAACAUGAAAACCUCCGUAGCAAAAUUUUGGAACUGAUACAAGCUUGGGCGUUUGCCUUCCGGAACUCACCAAAAUACAGAGCUGUACAGGACACAGUGAACAUUCUAAAAGCAGAAGGAUACAAGUUCCCAGCACUAAAAGAAUCUGAUGCAAUGUUCUCUGCAGAUACUGCACCGGAAUGGGCAGAUGGGGAAGUCUGUCACAGGUGCCGUGUACCUUUCACGUUAAUAGUACGACGCCAUCAUUGCCGAGCUUGUGGUCAGGUGUUUUGUCAACAAUGCAGCUCAAAGACAUCCACUCUGCCUAAAUUUGGUAUUGAAAAAGAGGUUCGAGUAUGUGAUGCAUGUUAUGACAAAGUGAGCCGUCCUCCGUCUACAACUGCCAAGCCUAAAGCAGCACCUACUGAAACCACUAGUGCAACACCAAAUCAGCCACAUGAAAAAACUAAAGAAGAGUUGCAAGAGGAGGAGGAAUUGCAGCUCGCGCUUGCUUUGAGUCAGUCCGAAGCCGAACAGAAGGAGAAAGAACGAAGGUCGCGCUCUCUCGUGGCACCCGAAACAUCCUUGCAUCCCACUGUAUCUCCGAGUGUGUCGUCGGUGAGCGCGUCUCCGGAGCACAGCACGGCGGGCAGUUCGGAGCUGGCGCGGUACUUGGACCGCGGGUACUGGGAGCAGCGGCUGGCGCGCGAUGCCGGCCCCGCGCCUGCGCCAACCGCGCCUUCCUCGCACGCUUCCCACGAACCCAACGAGCCGGAGUUUUCGAAGUCAUCUACGAAUAAAGCUCAAGAAGACGAUGCCGAAGAUAAGGAGAUUGACGAAUUUAUCGAAUCCCUCAAGUCUCAAGUCGAGAUAUUUGUUAACAGAAUGAAGAGUAACUCUUCACGAGGUCGAUCCAUCGCUAACGAUACGUCAGUGCAGACAUUGUUCAUGAACAUCACCGCGAUGCAUUCACGUCUGCUGCGCUACAUACAGCAGCAAGACGACAAGCGCGUCUACUUGGAGAGUCUGCAGGAUAAAGUGACGCAAGUGCGCGACAGCCGCGCUGCGCUGGACACGCUGCGCGCGGAGCACACGGCGCGCCUGGCCGCCGCAGCCGAGGCCGCCGAGCGCCAGCGCCAGCUGCAGAUGGCCUCCAAGCUGCAGGCCAUGCGCAAGAAGAAGCACGAGUACCUGCAGUACCAGCGACAGCUCGCCCUCCAGAGAGUACAGGAACAAGAGAGAGAAAUGCAAAUGAGACAAGAGCAGCAAAAACACCAGUACAUGAUGUCUGCAAACAGCUACUACAUGCCGGGUGUCUCCAUGCAUCACUACCAGCCGAACUUCCCCAACCAACCUAUGUAUGCGUCUGCUCAGUUCCAUCCACAAAUGAUGCCCCAAGUGACCACGGAUGGAUCCAUGUCUCUGCCGGGUCAACCGCAAAUGUCGCAAGCCAACCUGGCCAUGGGUGUCAAUCAGAUGGGUCCUCUAUCACAAUCUAUGCCCCAGCCGCCGAAUACGUACGCGAUGACCACAUCGGGGAUGACGCUGACGCAGCCUCCGACCGGCCUGCAGUCGGCGAUGAGUCAGCCAAAUCGGCCCACGCUCGGCCAGCAAAUGCCGCUGCAGCAGCAAAUGAUAAUGCAACAGAUGCACCAAAUGCGAAUGCCCAUGCAGCCCGGCGUGCACCAAAUGAUCAACCCGAACGUUGCGAAUGGAUACAACGUACCGACCUCUCAACAAAAUACACAGCAGUCACAACAAAUGCCAAAGCAAGCUCUCCCGAACCAACCCCAAAAUGUCAUGCCUCAAAUGUCCAUGGGACAGAACAUGGCUCAACCGUUAAAUCCUGCAAACUCGUUAUUGGGCAUGCAAAUGCAAAACAUGCGAAUGUCGAUGAUGCAAGCGAAUCCGCAAAAUACCAAUCCACAACAAUAUUCCGUGAACAUGCAAAGUCAACAAAAUAAUCCACAAGCUAGCACGCAAAUGCCAAACAUCUCUCAGUCGUCUCAAAUGCCCAUGGCCAGUCAAAAUAUGCCUAUGCCAGGGCAGCAAAUGUUGCAAGGGCAAGCUUUAGCACAGAGCCAAGCAACUAACAACCAAAACCAAAAUGUACUUCCUUCUGUGCCACAAGUAGCUCAAGGUGCUACUCAGAUACCGCAAUCUCAACAAAACCAAUACUCCCAAGGUCAACAAGGUCAACCUGGCCAGCAAAUGAUGAUGCACGGACAACAAAUGAACAUUCCACAGCAAAAUCAACAUAACUUAAGUCAGGGACAACAAUUGCCACAAAAUCAAAUGCAACAACAAGUACAGGGUCAGCAAAUGAUGCACGGCCAUCAAAUGAAUCAACAAAUGAUGGCUAAUAAUUUACCUCAACAAAUGCAAAUGCAACCACAAAUGGGACAGCAAAUCCCUGGUCAACAACAAAUACACUCUCAAGGUCAGCAGAUGCCUCAAGGACAACAGAUGCCACCUCAAGGGCAACAAAUGUCAUCUCAAGGACAACAAAUGGCAGCUCAAGGGCAACAGAUGCCUCCUCAAGGUCAACAAAUGCCUCCUCAGGGACAGCAAAUGCCACAGCAAGGGCAAGUACAGCAAGGUCAACAAGUACCACAAAAUUUUCAAGGUCAACCUAUGAAGAUGCAACAACAGAACUUUACUAAUGGCCCACAACCUCAACAACAAAAUCCUAAUCAGCAGGCUCAGAGCCCUAACAAAUCUGAGCAUAACAACAACACUGCAGAGUUGAUAAGUUUUGACUGAACAAAAGUUUUUAGUUAAUAUGGAGAGAUAAUAUAUUUAUAUCACAAUGACUGGGAUCUUAAUAAUUAUUUGGAUAAUUGAGAAUGUUUUACAUAAUAUGUACACAAUAAAUUAUGGAACAUUUAGAAAUGUGAUAAGUGGUUGGAGAUUAAGCCAAAAUAAUGCUUUAUGAACCAUAUGUAUAACUUUAAAACAACAUUUAUAUGACUAUAUGAUUGAAAUCCCUUUCAAAUCAUACCGGUAUAAAACAGUUAUUCAUUGCUAUAUUAUUUUAGGUUGUUUAGACAACUAGAGUUAUUUGGAUGUAAUAAGAAAAACUAGUUCUGUGGCAUCAAAGCAUCCCUUUAAUACUGGGUCUGGUUCGAACCACAGUUUUUACAUAUACCCAGAAGAAAUACAUGUUUUUUUCUUACACUAAUUUGAAUAAAUUAACAGUUUUAAGAUUUAUUCAUGCUUACAAUAUUAUAGAGUUAGAACUACUGCAUUGUAAUCUUAAAUUUUAUCAUCACAGAAUUCUAUUCACCUAAAGUUUAAUAUUCAGGUAGUGUCCUAGGUUUAACAAUGGCCUUGUAAUCUAUGUAAAUGUGCAAACAUGUAUAAAUACGUCAGUCGUAGUUAUCUAGAUAUUAUAUUAUGAAAAUAAUAGA